AUGGACCACAGGAGGGGCAAGGCAGAGACCCUAGCCCAGCUUUUGCACGGAACGAACUGCGUCAGCACUGGCAAAGACUGUUUGUGCUGCUGUGGAGGGUAUAUCCCCGAUGCAGCCUCGGGUAACUGCACCGAUAUUCGCCGUCGCAUCCUUGGAAUUGAUGGCCUCAUGGACUUUGCGCUUCAAUCCACAACCGUAUCCAGCCUCGACGACGACUCAACCACCCAGGAUUCCAUGUAU